CGCAUUUGGGUGCAGGGCCAUGGGCGGGGUGUGGACUGUACGGCGAUGGCUGUUCCCGGUCCGGUUCCGACUCUGGCUUCCUGGAGCCGCAAGUGAGCGGACUCUUGAAGGCCAGCAACGCCGCCAUGUACCCCCCGCCGCCGCCGGCGCCUCACCGGGACUUCAUCUCGGUGACGCUGAGCUUGGGCGAGAGCUACGAUAACAGCAAGAGCCGGCGGCGGCGUUCGUGCUGGAGGAAAUGGAAGCAGCUGUCGAGAUUACAGCGGAACGUGAUUCUCUUUCUGUUGGCCUUUCUGGUUCUAUGUGCAUUCCUGUCCUACACCCACUCCUCCAGCCAGUGGAAAGCUCUAGGUGGCAGCCCCACAGAAGGGGAGAGGCUGAGGGUGGAAGUGCCUCGACCGAAACCAGCAAACCCGCCCGUCUUACCAGCUCCUCAGAAGGCAGACACCAACCCAGAGGAUGUGCUUACAAUGUUGCCUCAGAAACCUCAGAAGCCUGUCUGGCGGCGACCGCCCCGUCUGCAGAUCAGAGCCCCCGACAUCGGCUCCAAGGAUGGGACACAGGGUGAGGCCCUGCGGAAUACUCGCCAGGAAGAAACCCCUCUGCGAACAGUCAUCAGCUGGCGGGGAGCAGUAAUUGAGCCUGAGCAGGGCACUGAGCACCCUUCAAAAAAAGCAGCUGGUGUGCCCACACCUUCUUUGCCAGCGGCCAGGACACAGAAGGAGCCUGCCUCCCCAAACAGACGCCAGAAAGGGGUGAUCGAGGCCUUCCUCCAUGCCUGGAAGGGGUACCGCAAGUUCUCCUGGGGCCACGAUGAGCUGAAGCCCGUGUCUAGGACCUUUAGCGAGUGGUUCGGCCUGGGCCUCACCCUGGUCGACGCCCUGGAUACCAUGUGGCUUCUGGGUUUGAAGAAAGAGUUUAAAGAAGCCAGGACAUGGGUGUCAACAAAGCUAAACUUUGAGAAAGACGUGGACGUCAACUUGUUCGAGAGCACCAUCCGCAUUCUAGGGGGCCUGCUGAGCACCUACCACUUGUCGGGGGACAGCCUGUUCCUGAGGAAAGCCGAAGACUUUGGAAACCGCCUGAUGCCUGCCUUUGCCACACCCUCCAAGAUCCCGUAUUCUGAUGUGAACAUCGGCACUGGAGUCGCCCACCCACCCCGAUGGACUUCAGACAGCACUGUGGCUGAGGUGACAAGCAUCCAGCUCGAGUUCCGGGAGCUCUCUCGCCUCACAGGGAAUAAGAAAUUCCAGGAGGCCGUAGAGAACGUGACGAGGCACAUCCACUCCCUGUCUGGGAAGAAGGAUGGAUUGGUGCCCAUGUUCAUCAACACGCACAGCGGCCUCUUCACCCACCUGGGCGUGUUCACACUGGGUGCCAGGGCCGACAGCUACUAUGAGUACCUGCUGAAGCAGUGGAUCCAGGGUGGGAAGACGGAAACACAGCUGCUGGAGGACUACCUCGUGGCCAUCGAGGGGAUAAAAGCACACCUGCUGCGGCGCUCAGAGCCCGGGAAGCUUGUCUUUGUUGGGGAGCUUGCCCAUGGCCGCUUCAGUGCCAAGAUGGACCACCUGGUGUGCUUCCUGCCAGGGACGCUGGCCCUGGGUGUCCACCACGGCCUGCCCACUGAACACAUGGAGCUGGCCCUGGCACUCAUGGAGACCUGCUACCAAAUGAAUCACCAGAUGGAGACGGGGCUGAGUCCCGAGAUUGCCCACUUCAACACCUUCUCCCGGCCUGACCUAAAGGAUGUGAUAGUCAAGCCGGCGGACAGACACAACCUGCUGCGCCCUGAGACUGUGGAAAGUCUGUUCUACCUGUAUCGUGUUACGGGGGACCGCAAAUACCAGGAUUGGGGCUGGGAAAUCCUACAGAGCUUCAACAAGUACACACGGGUCCGUUCAGGUGGCUAUUCUUCCAUCAACAAUGUGCAGAGUACCCAGAAGCCAGAGCCCAGGGAUAAGAUGGAGAGCUUCUUCCUGGGCGAGACUCUCAAGUACCUCUACCUGCUGUUCUCUGAUGAUCCAGACCUGCUCAGCCUGGACCACUAUGUGUUCAACACCGAGGCCCAUCCCCUGCCCAUCUGGAGCCCUGUCUAGGGGUGGCGCCUGGCCUGGGCCUGCAGGAGGGAAGCAGUUGCCUCUGGGACCGCGAGUGUUUUCAGAGCACUUGUGGGGUGGCAGUGGGCAGCUGCUGAGCGUCUCUUAUGUUCCUGCCCUGGCCCCUGGCCAUUGUCUCUGCCUUGGUCCGCAGGCACAGGGUUCAAGACGAAUGGUCUAUGGCAGCCUCUGGCUUUGUCCUCUGUGACACUCAAAUUGUCAGUCCCAACCCUUGAAUAUCCAUGGAUUACUGCAGGGAGCCAUGUGGUGGUCCCAGGGCCACUGGUCACUUGGCAGCUCCAGCCUCUUUCUGAAGAGCUGUGGGGCAGCUGAGCCUCACCCCACAGAGUAUAGGGACAUUCUGAGCUGAGGGCCAGGCCGCCUCGGCCUGUUGUGGUGUUUACAUGUUGGACUCAGGGAUCCUCCCAGCUGCUUUGCAGGGCCCAGGCUGCCGGACAGAAUGGAACUUCCCAGCUGGAUGAGGUCAGCUCACUGCCCAUUACAGUGCUUAGAAACGAGGGUCCCUGUGGGUAGGAAGAGCCCUGUGGGGGUCCGUGGGCCCACAUCUCAUAUUGGGCCGCUUCGUGCAGCAGAGCAGGACCCUCACCCUGGGUAGCACCCUGUGGCCAGGACAGGCAGCGCCUGUGCUACAACCUUCCCAGAGUGAGGUCUUUGUACUUUCGUGUGGUCCUCCUCGUCCUGGGUGUCAGGGGCAGUGUUCCUGCCCUGAGGCUGAUGCCACCCCCCAGGCCUGGGCCCUUCGGGGCAGCACAUUGCACUCCUGUGCGAACUCUGCCAAGCCAUGGUUCAGGAGACCCCUUUCCCUGGAAAGCCAGAGCACAGACAGGGCCUCAGGGCCUUCAUGCCCCACACCCCUCCAGACCCGGCUCCUGAGGUGGGUAGGACCUGUCUUCUGGCCACUCGUAGCUUGGGUGUCCUGGUUGCAGCCCCAUUCCAUCCUAGGACAGUGCCCAGGGACUUCCCCUGAGCCGCCUGCCCUCAAUGGCAUCCUCAGGGAAGGGCCAGCUGAUACAUCCACUGCCCUCCCCACAUCCCCACAGGUGGCUAUGCCACUACCCUUCUCGGUCAGGCUAAUGGGUGGGCAGCCAAGGACACACAUUCCUCUAUGCCAGCUUCCCUCGAAAGUAUGCUGUGAGGGCAGGGCUGGCUGGGGUCUGGAACAUGGAGACAGCAGCUGUUCUGGGGCCAGGGACCAACUGGAGUGCUUAUCUGCUGUGCAGUGAGCUGGCACUGGGAGCAGUGUGGCUUUAGGGCCCCUGCCCUGUGCAGAACACCAUCUUGCGGGGUCUUCACCCUAAAGUCGACUUCUGCGCCAAGGAGUCUGCUUUAUUAAACUUUUAUUGGUUUGGUGGC